AUUGCGCAUGCUCAGUUGAACUCACCCACGUGUAGCAUUUUAAGCAAAUUCUCACUUUAGUCAUUUUUCUGUGUCAUUUAUUUAAAAGAGCGAGUUAUUUUCUCAGAGAAAGGAGUAGAUUAUGAGUGAUGAAGAUGAAGCAAGAUUUGAUGGCCUCCUGUUAGGAUUAGCUCAGCAACAUACUGAGGGGAUCACCCAGUUGCUGGAUACAUUUUUUGGUUUUUUGAGACGUAAGACCGAUUUCUUUACCGGAGUUCAGAAAGGGAAGGCGGAGCAGUUGGUGCUAAGUAUCCUUCGUAAACAUGAAAAGUUAGCGUUACAGAAUGCUAAGCCUAAAGUAAAGAAGGAGCCUAAACCAACUGGACCAGCUCAACCUCCACCAGCUACAAAAGCAGCUACUGACUCUACACAUACUCCAUUAAAAGAACCGGAAAUAGUAGAGGUCACUGAUGAAGAAGCUGAACAGAUAUCAAAAGCUAAUCAACCUCCUCCUGCUCAACCUCCUCCACCUGCUGUUGAUAAUAAUCAUAAAGUAGCUGAAGAUACUACUGAAGACAAAGGAUCAGAUGAUGAUGAUGAUGAAGACAGUAAAGGGAAGAUAAAGCCUAAUGUUGGUAAUGGAGCUGAUCUACCUCAUUACAAGUGGACUCAAACACUUCAAGAUGUAGAGAUAAGAGUACCCACUCAGUUGGAUAUUCCAAUUAAAAGCAGAGACGUUGUAGUUGACUUUCAAACUAAACAUUUGAAGAUUGGCGUUAAAGGGAAAGACUCAAUAAUUAACGGAGAACUUUAUAAUAAGAUAAAACUUGAGGAUUGUUUCUGGACUCUGGAGGACAGGAAGAUUAUAUGUGUCCACUUGGAAAAGCAAAAUAAAAUGGAGUGGUGGACAAGAAUUGUUACUACUGAUCCUGAGAUUAACACUAAGAAAGUUCAACCUGAAAACUCAAAAUUAUCUGAUCUUGAUUCAGAGACAAGAGGUAUGGUUGAGAAGAUGAUGUAUGAUCAGAGACAGAAAGAGAGAGGUCUCCCCACAUCUGAUGAACAAAAGAAGCAAGAUAUAUUGAAGAAAUUUAUGGAACAGCAUCCUGAAAUGGAUUUCUCUAAAGCAAAGAUAUCAUAAACACAAAUGAUAAUAAUUGUACUUUUAAUUAUGUGACGUUAUAAGUAUCAAACUUUAUGGAUCAAUCAAUUGCUAGCCCUCAUUGGGUUGAUGUGUGUUCAUUAA